AUGACUGCUAUCCCCUCCGUCGCAACCAUACUAGAAUAUCACCCUUUAAAAGGAAUCUGGGGAUUACGCAGCUUAGACCUGCUAGGUCAUAAUGUAACCCUACCAGAAGUGUGUUUCAUCUUCCUAAAGUCGGACGACUGGUGGCAGAAAAAUUGCUCAGAGGAGAACCGCAAGAAGAUACUAGCGGAGUUUCACGCGCCGGAUAUUCUCAGCAGCAAUACUUGCGCCAAGCUCAAUGGCUACUGCGGUUCUUCAAGCUCUUUUUCGGGAGAUGGGGAUGAAAGCAAGCUUGAUAGUCUCAGCGUGUGGUUCAAAAUCCUCACCAAGAGAGUUCUGGCGAAGGAGGAAAUGCAAGAAUCAGAAGAUGGAAAGGACUACAGGUGGUACGAGAUGAGCUUUUUCGUGCGGUGGGAAAGCUCAAACACCAGGAGGGUCUUAUGCAUCGGCGCAUCACCAAAAAUGAGCGCUACACUUGAGACCAUGCUAAAAGUAUCUUCGCUGCCGACUUUUGAGCCACAAGACCCCCUUGCGAUGCUUAAACCGUUAUUCGACGAAACUAUCAAGUUGUGCGACGAAAAUAUAUGGGCGGUGACGAGGAGGGUUCGGGACAUUGAGCUUAACCGGAAAAAGAGAUGCGAGUUCGAUGCACUGCGCAAUCUAGCACGACACACAGGGCACGUCAUAGAAGUCGAGCAAGUAGCCAUCGAGACAAUGGAGCAGCUGCUCAGCCUGCAAGACAGCAACUUCAAAUUCCUUGACGAACUCAACAAGACAUACACGGUGCAAGCGAGGGAAUACCUAUUGUUUCAGCUGCAGACGAUGAAAAGCCUGAGAUGGCGUGCGCAGUCGACGCAUGACCGGCUAGAAGAGGAGAUAAACCUGGCCUACAACAUGCUCGCGAGUUCCGACAAUGCAGUCAUGAAAUCGAUUACGCUUCUCACAAUGAUCUUCUUACCCGCGACUUUCAUCUCAGCACUCUUCAGCACGACUUUCUUCUCCUUUGAAGAAAACGGGUGGCAGUUUUCUCACAUGUUCUGGAUCUACUGGGUUGUUGUUAUUCCGUUGACUAUCACGGUGGUUCUGGGCUGGUGGUGGUGGAUUGGCGGGACGGAUGAGGUUCGCUGGGAGCGGUGGUUGCAUCCUAAAAGGCCUCUGUAA